UGCAUGCUGCAAUAAUUGCCAUCAAUGAAGCCAUCGAUCAGCAGAUAGCAGCAGAUACUUACACAGCCCUACAGAAUCCAUCAGCCAUGUUAAUUCAUCUGGAUGCUUCAAGUCAGGAAGAAUACCAACAAACUCUUUACGCUGCCAAAAAUGUCAAAGCUGAGAAUGCAAGAAAUAAGGUAUUGUACCAGAAUUAUGUAUUGACGAUCAAAAGUAUUUGUAUGCAUUAAGGAAAUAUUAACAGUUUGCAUGAGAAAAUUUUUAAUUGGAGCAUAUCUCACUGUCUAGGGAAGGAGAGGGAAAGGAAAUGGUUUAAAAUUUUAUUCCUCAUUUAAGGCUUCCAUCCAUCCAUCCCUGUGGCGCCACAGUCAAUGUAAGGCUUUGGCCUGCCUCACCACUUCCUUCCACUCAUACCUAACUAAUGCUUUUCUUUUCCAUGACUGGAUUCCCAGCUGUUGUAGAUCUUUUUCCACAUCAUCCAUCAAUCUAAGCCUUUGAGCCGUUUUCCACUGGGGUUUUGGUGAUAUAGCCUCUUCACUCCUCUGUCAUUUGGCAUUCUUUUUAAGUGUCCUGCUCAGCGUAGCCUACCCUUUUUUUAUUUCUGCUACUAUCGUGGGAUCCUGAUAUAGACAAUACAAUUCCUGGUUCGUUCGUAUUCUCCAUCCAUAUUCAUCCCUUGUUGGUCCAUAUAUUUAAAGGAGAACUUUUCUCUCCCAUGUGUUUAAUAGGUUUUCUGCCAUUUUUGUUAGGGUCCAAAUUUCACUUGCGUAUGUUACAACUAAUCUGAUUACAAUUUUAUAUAUAGUUUUCUUUGUUUUUCUUGUAAUGUUUAUUCUUUUGAGUAUUUUCUGACUACUGAAGUAUGCCCUGUUUCUGGACGAUAUUCUUUCUUUUAUUUCUGUUAGUAAUUCUUUUCUUUCAUUUAAUAAAGAUUCUAGGUAUUUGAAUUGAUUUUUAGCUUUUCAAAAGUGUGGUUUCUAAUUUUAAUGGUUUCAUUUGUCUGUUCUUCUCUUAUAAUAAUAGUCAUGUAUUUUGUUUUUUGGUUGUUAACUUCCAGCCCUGCUCGUAGUGAUGAAUCUUCUAAUUCAAUAAAGGCUUUUGAUAUGUCUUUACUACUUUUCCUUAACAUUGCUAUGUCAUCAGCAUAUGCAAGAUACUGAAGGGCUUGAUUGUAGAGAGUGCCUAUUGGUUGUGGGUCUUGGGUCUCCCUCAGAAAGUAUCCUGCUAUUGUUCCUCAAGUGUCAUUAUGCAUGCUCCUUACAUGCUGAGGCUUUUAUAAUGGUACACUAUCAUAUGAGUCCCAGUUUGUGUAUCCCCCUUAAACUUAGACCCGCAAUAAGUCAGAAAUUAAUUAUUGAUCUUAAAGAAAAAACUAAUUAAUUGCGAUUCCUUUUAUUUUGUUUUGGGCCCUACAUGGGCUGUAGCACCACUGAUGAUGAUUUAUGUUGUUUUGCAUCUAAAAACUAAGUAGCCUUGAACAAGCUAUAAUUUGUUUGCAUUACCCUGUGGAGUAAUGUUUCUAAAUGGAACCCAGCUUAGUAGAGUUGUGAACCCUGCUUUAGCAGACUGCUGAAAUAUAAUUUGUUUUUAAAGCAACCUCACUUUGUAGAUUCCUGAUGCCUGUUCUGUUAUGAUAUGCAAUAUCCAGUUGUCUAUAUGCUCAAUUUCAAGAGUAAUCCAUCAAGCGUUUUUCUGUCGACAUUCAUAUAUUUGUUCAUUCUUCAAAUGAACAUUGUUAAUGAACAGAAUUUUAACAUUUAUUUAGAGCAUUGAUCCUGAAAGAACAUUUGAACAUGAUGUCUAUGAUGAGCUGUUGACACAAGCAGAGAUACAAGGAAAUAUCAGCAAAGUGAACAGUGAGUAGAAUCUAAUUUUGACAUUAGGCAGACAUCAUACAAAAAUUUAGCAAUAAAAGUGAUGUUUUUAGCAAUGUUAUACACAUGAAAUCAAUUAUUGAAACUUAGGUUUGUGGAAAUAUGUUACCCUACACCUUGGAAUCAGUGCUAUAGAAAAUAAUGACGAAAUAAUUUUUUAUUGAAAUUUCAAAGUAUAUGAUAGGAUCUAAAAUAUUGCAUGGUUCUUUUUGAAAGUCUACAGACAUAAUAGGUUACAAAUUCUUCUUUGUAUCAAAAAAGUAUAUGUUUCUGUGUGUGUCCAAUAACAUUGUCAAGGUUUAUUUUGGAUCAUUAUUCUCUAUAUAUGCAACUUGAUUUAUUGACUCUUCCAGCAAACUCGGCUCUGAGUAAGAUCCAUGCUGCCCUGGUGAAUGGUGAUAAAGCUGCUCUCCUGGCAGCCCUUCAGGCUCCUGCCCUGGGGCUCAAGAACGUCAAGUCGGAAAACAUUGAUUUUUAUGUUGAAAAACUCUUACAGCUAAGGCAAGACAAAUCAGAGGUGAAUUUAAAAAUAAAUAAAAAUAUAAAAUUAACAAUUUGUUCUUGUGAAAGCAAUUGUGAAGAAAAUUUUAAUAAAAACAAUUUGCACAAUCAUAUUAAAUUUGUCAUGACAAGUUCCCAAAAUCUGGUCAGUUUCAGUAAUUAGCCUUGAAAAUGAGCAUACAUUUAAAAAUGUUAUUUAUUUAAAAAUAAUAUUUUCACACUUAAUUCUUCAUUCAUCUUGUGGCAUUUGUUUCACCAGGGUGUGGAAGCUGAUACUGCUUUGAGUAAAGAUGAAAUACAAAAUGCUGUGAAUGAAGCCAAUCUUGAUGCUGAUGUGGAGUAUCAGAGUAAGUUCAUCUAUUAAAGUUUCUUUUUUUUAUGGCUGGAAUAUAAAUUUCAUAAAUCAAAUGUUAAAUGUCAUUCUUAUCAAAUUUAUUUUUAGAUAAAAGUAUAUCCAUAAUGAAUAAUAUGUGCAUAUACCGUAGGAUUGUUAUGUAAAAACACCCUUUCUGUGUUUUUGAUGGUUCUUAAAAAGUAUUACCAAAAAAUCCAAAUUUUAUUUUUGCGUUGGCAUAUAUCUUUAUUAAAUUACUAUUUAUUCAUUAUGUCUUGUAAACUUGUAUAAAUGUAUUUUGUUUUAUCCAGUUUACAAACAGUUCAUUGAACAAGUUUGUGCCAUACAUCAAGUUUUCAGAUUUACCUGUUAUUUUCUCUACAGGGGCCCAGACUGUUAUUUUGGUCAACAAGGCAUUGACCAGCAGGGAUAGUGACCUCUUAAUAAAAGCCCUACAGAAUCCCGCAGUAAAACUAAUUAAUGUUGAUCCCAAUGCAGCUCAGUUGUACCUGGAAGAAUUAGGGAAUAUGAAGGAUGAAAAAGGAAAUGACCUUGAGUUUGAAGAGCUUGACCCUGCACUUCAAGGUUAAUUAAUGUUAACAUAUUUGGGAUCUUGCCCCUCCCAAUAUUUUUGUUAUUUAAAGGGGCUUAUAGAUUAUAGUUUAAGAAACGGACGUGUAAAUGGUCUUUAAAAAAUUGUGCCAAAACUCAUUUCAUUCACCAGGCCAGAUAAGAUAUUUAUUGUUUGUAUGUAGGAGUAUGUCUUUGUCUGAUUAAGAUUUAUAACCAUCUUGCAUAUUUGGUUUCAUAUACAAUUUGUCUGUCAUAGUUACAAUUAUAACUUUUUGAGAGAUUAAAAAGAAGGGGGUGGGGGGGGGGGAAGAAAUUUGAUCUUCUGUUGUAGCAAACAGUUUUCUCAUAAAUCUGAGUUCUUAAACAUGACAUGAGUAUGAAAAGAUUUGGUAGCCAAAGAUUUUUCUUGUCAUUAUAAUUAAAGCCCACAUAACUUCUGAAUGUGGAAAAAUUUUUGACUUGCAACAAGUAGUCUCCAUUAUCUUUGAUUUGUUCUUUCAGUCACUGGCACUUUUAGGAAUUGAUCAAAGAAAUAGAAUCUUUUAGUAUCCCGUCUAUGACAUUUAUUUACAGUAAGCUUUCUUGUGGCCACUUUUUUUUAAUUUAAAGUACUUAAAUAAGAUAAAAGUGGAUCCUAAUUUGUGAGUUUUUUCUAUGUUUAUUUAAAAGCCGCUUCAAGUGGGGCUAAAGUUGGUUGUCUGUCUUUUCAGUCAUUGCUGCUGUUUUGGCUAUCAACAAAUCAAUUGAAACUGGAAAUUCCCAAGCAACAUUCAAUGCUCUUCUUAACCCUGCAGCACACAUCACAGAACUAGAUGAGCAUAAUGCUGACAAAUAUCAAGCCAGCCUGGCAACCCAGAAAUCUAACAAAGCAGAUGUUGGUGAAAGUUUAUUUUUGGCUAUAUAUACUAUAAUUUUACUUAUUUCAAAUAAGAUUGAUAAUUAUGACAAAAAUUUGAACUUUUUCUCUCUGGCUGAAUGUUUUUUGUUUUUUUUCCAGCUUUCCAAUACUCUCCUCACACAUGCUGAAAUAGUUGCAUGUGUUAAUAGUGUCCAUGAACAAGUUUCUGAGGAACAUGAAAGUAAGGUUUUAUUCUAUGAAUACUUCAUUUCAAGAAGAAGAAAAAAAAGUUUUUAUUGUAUUUACUUAAUUUUAAAUUAAAUUGGGUAUAUAGGAUCAGUAUAAGGUCUUGGUUUAAUUUCAUUGAACCACCCCAAAUAAAUUCUUUACAUGCAUUUUGGUUUUCAUUUGUGUAAUUGUACGUGAUUUAUCAUUUAGGUGAUUAUAGAGAUUGAUUUUUGGUAUGGGAAUGGUUUUAAUUAAAGGUAGUGUAUGUAAAACCUAAUAGACUAAAGAUAUAUAUAAACCCAAAUACGUUAAAAAUACUAACCACAUAGAAACAGGUACACAAUUAAUCUCCACAUCUAAACAUGCAAUCAUUAAACAAAUAAUUAACAUUCCAACCCCUCCUUGUCCUUGAUCUUCCCCUUGAAAAACAGGAAAAACUGAUUUUUGUGGGCGGGGCUGAAACUUUGAUAGAAUGUGUUGUCAUUGGCAAGUAGUCUAUGUGCCAUGUUUCCGCUCGAUAAGUUGACAGGAUAUGGGUCAAUUAGCGGUCUGAAGAUUUUCCCAGCAGCAUUUCACAAACAAAAGCAAAGUUAAUAUAAAGGAUUAAAAAAAUGAUAUCUCUUAUAUAUACAGUGGAACCUCUCAUAACGAGUUUAAUUCGUUCCAGAUUCUUACUCGUUAAGCGAAACACUCAUUAAAUGAAAGAAUUUUUCCCAAACAAAUCAAUGUAAAAUACGAUAAUGUGUUCCAUGCUGAAAAAAUACUAAUUUUUCAACAAUUUUUAUUAACAUUUAUUCAAAUAAAAUUACUCAUGAAUUGUUAAGGAGUGUAACAACUUGGAAUACAAUUUAGAUUUGAAACAAAAACUUAAAUAAAAAUAUGAAUUUAUGACAAAUAAUUAAUCCUUCUUAACUAGAAAACUGUCUUAAGACAUUUGUUUUUGCCGAUGCUUCAAAAUUUGACGAAAAUGUGUCACAGCAUUAUCAUUGAAUAAAUUUGUAGCACGAAUAGCCAGCUCCUUAUUAGGGUGAUGCUUCUCAAUGUAUUAUGCAACAGUUUCCCUUUGAAGCAUCCAUCUCCUUAAUUUUGUUUUUGUUCUUGAGAAUAGUGCAGAUAGUUGAUGUUGACCGAUUGUAUGUGCGCGCUAGAUAAGCCACGCUCACACCUUGUUCUCGCUUUUCAAUGAUUUUACUUUUCAUUUCAACAGUUAUUUUUUAUCUCUUAUGAUUGUCUUCUUGUGGUUUUUUCUUCGAAGACAUUUUAGCACAGGUUAUUACACUUUGCACAUAAAAAAAUUACGAAUACUGCCUGAAUGCAAAAUUUGUAAAAACUGGUGAUCACACACGAAAACAAUACACUAACAGACCGGAAGUCCCAGUCCCGGCUCACAAAUGAAUGUCAAGAAAAGGGGACUUCCCCUUUCUGCGUAACUCGUUAUGCAAAAUAUCGCUCGUUAAGGGAGCAAAUUUUCAAAAAAAAAUUUUGCUUGUUAUGCGAAUUACUCGUUAUGAGAGGUGCUUGUUAUGAAAGGUUCCACUGUGUAUAUAUAUAUAUAUAUAUAUAUAUAUAUAUAUAUAUAUAUAUAUAUAUAUAUAUAUAUAUAUAUUAAUGUUACGCUUUUGGUGUUGUGGACUGCUUCCAUUUCCAGCUGCUUCCUAUUCAGCAUAUUUGGUAUUGAGAGGAUAUUACAAAUAAUUCUAUAUAUUUAAAAAACAGUAUAGUUCAAUAAUGAGUUCAAAAGGGCGCAAAAUAUAAUUCCCGAUAACUUCACUAAAUGAUAUAUUUUUUAAAACAAUGCAACUGUGUUUGGUGCGUAAUAUUCUCUUUUUGGAAAAUGAAAUCGUCUCAAUUUAAGUAUGGUGUGAAAUAUAUUCUGUUUGAAAGUGGUAGGGACAUCAGAAUAUUUCAUAUAGUUCAAGGGUGUGAAAUAAAAAGUGUGCAGUGAAGUAUCAUCGAGGAAGGGGUGAAGCAAAAAUUGGGAUUCUUAAAUGUGCGUUAUUUGAGUUCAUGUUUUGUCAAGUAACUUAAGGAGAUAGGAAGUCCACGCAUUGCUGUCGCAAAUGUUUGGUGGGCUAUAUCUAGUGUAUUAAUAAUCUUUAAUUUUACUUUCUCAGAAAGAAUUUUUAUUUUUUAAUUGUAGUCAUCAAAAUUAUAUUUAUUAAGAGAUGUUUAAAAAUAUAUCUUUUUAGGAAUAAGGGCUAUCACAAUGAUCAAUGAAGCUAUUGAUAAAGGUGAAGAAGAAGAAACUGUCAAGGCCCUGCAGUUUCCUGCUGCAAAGUUACAUGAUAUUCAACUGGCACAAGCGUUUCACUACCAAGUCCUUCUGGCCAAGCAGAAAGACAAGAAAGCAGAAGUAAGCCAAAUCAAAACUGCUGUCUGUUCAAGAGGCUUAUUUUAAAAAUAUAAAUAAAAUGAAUGUAUCAAAGUCAAGAAGCUUUUUUCUAGUUUUUUUUUUUCCUUUAUUCAAAACUUACAGAUUACAAUAGAACUCUAAAGCAUAAUAUGGGAUUGUCUUUCAAUGUGGGAUUUUGGUUAUAAAGAAAUGGGCUACCUGCCAGAACUCCAUUUUUUGAAAACAUUCCCAUAGUAUGCAAAAAUCUUCACAUUUUUAAUUUAUAUUUUAUUUAUACAUGAAUGUAUUCCUUGAAGUUACUUUUGUUAUUAGUUUGAUAUUUUAAAGAGGGCCUUUGUAGCAAAAAUUCAUUUUAUUUUGUUCUUGUUCUAAAUUGAUGCAUUUAACUCCAUGUUUUUCAUUUUCUUUAUCAUAAAAAUAAAAUUAAAAGAAAAUUUAAAAAAAAAAUUAAAUAGAGAACACUAUUUGAACCAAAUUUUAAUUCUAAAAUAUCUCUUAGAAUUUUUUCACCAUGAAGCUAUUCUGAGUACACAUCAUGUUUAUUAUUUUUAUUUUUUUAUUUUUUGUUGUCAUUACCAAGCAUUUGCAUAAUGUUCAGAGGUUUAAUUUUCCAUUCUAUUAACCUAUUAUAUUACAUUUUCAAUAAAAACUGCAAGCAGUGUGCAAGAUUUUGUUUCUCUAUUGAAUUGUUUUAUCUGCUAUCCUACCUAUACAGAGAUUUAAAUUCUGUAAUCCCUACGACUGGUGGCAAUUGUGCUUUGCCAUUCAAAUUGAUCCAAAUAGUGAUUAAAAUAUUUGACAAGUUUGUAUCUCUCUGUAGGAGAGUAAAGAUGAUGCUGCUGUUCUGUGGCUGGAAGAGAUUCAAUCUUGUGUGGAUAAAGCUAAUUCUAACUGUGUUGAAGGAUUGAAAGGUGAGCCAUUUCAGUUAAUCUUCUAUCUGGCUGGGAGUUUGAGAGCAACCAUUUUUCUCUAUCAUUGCAAGGGGUUUUUGUAAUGAAUUUUUAAUUAAUGCUUAUACACCACUGGAUGGCUGUAAGUACGAUUGAACAUGUUUGUGACAAAAGCCGCUGUUUGAUGUUCACUUGUCAUAAAAGCAGCUGUUUGAUGUUCACUUGUCACAAAAGCCGCUGUUUGAUGUUCACUUGUCACAAAAGCCGCUGUUUGAUGUUCACUUGUCACAAAAGCCGCUGUUUGAUGUUCACUUGUCACAAAAGCCGCUGUUUGAUAUUCACUUGUCACAAAAGCCGCUGUUUGAUGUUCACUUGUCACAAAAGCCUCUGGUUGUUUUACGUCUAGGUUAGAUAGGAGAUGAGUGUAUAUGGAACAGUAAAUGUUUUACAAUGUGUAAUUUUACAUAAUGAGGGGAUGUCAAGGACUGGGCCAGCAGGCUGCAGUUUUUCAACUCCAGUUUAAAUGAGACCAAACAGAAAUACGCUUCUUUUGUGGAAAUGAUGUAUAAAUAAAUUUUGAACCAAUUGAAAGAAAAGAGCUAUUUGAUGAUCCAUCAUAUACUGGUUGUACUAUUCAAAUACAUUUUUUUUUAAAAAGUGCCAUUAACAUUUUUGUGCUAAAUUUCUGUUUCUAAUUAUUUCUUUUCUCAAUUUUUAUCAACCAGUGUCCGUGGGAGUUGCAGCGGUUAACAAAGCUUUGAGUGAUGGCAAUAAAGCAGCCCUUUUGUCAGCCUUGACCUCACCUGAUCUAACGCUGCAUUCUGUGACUGGAGACUGGAUAGAUGGUUACCAACAAGCCCUUUUGACAGCAGUGCAGAAAUCAUCUCAAGAUGGUUGGUCACAUUUACUCAUUGAUGAUAUCAAGAUGGUUGGUCACAUUUAAUCAUUGAUCAUCACAAGAUGGUUGGUCACAUUUAAUCAUUGAUCAUCACAAGAUGGUUGGUCACAUUUAAUCAUUGAUCAUCACAAGAUGGUUGGUCACAUUUAAUCAUUGCAUCUAGUUAUUAUUGCCAUUUAAAAAAAAUUGCAUUCUCACAUGACUUUAAAACCUAAUUAAAAUGAACAUUGUUGCUAUUCCACUUGCAGGUGAGACAGGAAGUGGUUGGAUGAUGAACCGCACCAAGGACAGCACCAAGUUCUUCUAUAAUGUCCACACGGGAGAUCAUGCAUGGACUAGAGGAAACACCAUCAUCAAAGAUUAUUCUCUGCUCACUAGAGAAGAUAUUCAGGUGGUUUUCCCUGGCUACAAUGUUAACAGCUAACACAAAAAUCUAAAAAUUUAGUAGAAAUUAACUUUGACCCUAUGGAUAUUUUGUCUGGGCUUUAUUAUAAAUAUGUACACUCACAGAUUUACUUAUGUCUGUAUUCAUCAAUUUGUAUAUUACAAAUUUUGUCUAUGAACUAUAUAGCUUACUUUUCUCUGGUUCAGUCUGUGAAAAUAAAAUUUUGAUUUUGCUAAAACAGUUUACACUCAUGAAAGAUUUUAUCUUACCAUAGUGACGGUUAAAGUUUUGUUUAUUUCCAGCGUGUAGUUUCUGAAGUGACAGCCAAGUAUGACAGAGAAAUGUUAUUUAAAUCUAACGAAGGCUUAAUCACAAAGAUCCAGGCGAACAUGAGGGGCCAUAUGGCUCGUAAGGCCUACAAGGAGAGGGUCAAUUUUAUGAAGAAGCAGCUACCUGCCAUUGUUAAAAUACAGGUAAGGCUUGUAAUUUUGAAAUUAUUCAACGAAAUUGACUUUCCCAUUUGUUAUACAAAUUGGGAUAUAGGAAAGCGAUAAAAUGGUUAUAAUUAAAUGGAACUUGGAGAGACCAUUAAUUUUAUGAUAAAAUUAUAAAUUAUAUUUUUUAUAUAAAUUCUGAAAUUCUAAAUUGUUUUAAGGCUUGUUGGCGAGGAGCUAAACAGCGCCAUAAGUACAAGGACAGAUUAAAUCACCUGAAGGAUAAUCAAGACUCAGUGAUUCUUGUGAGUAUCCAUGACAGAAUUUAAAAUCUUUUGACAGAAAUUGUAAGCUCUAGACAGAAAUUAAAAAGCAUUGUUACAGAACUUCUGAAUUUUUGGUUGUGAAAAUGUUAAGAAUUUAAUUUUUUUCAGCAGUAGGUUUCUAUUCUUGAAACUUUUUUUGACUAAUAAUUUUACAAGGAGACUUUCGUGAUAACUGAUACAUGUAUUUGACCAUUUAAAGAACUAUUCAUGUGUUACCCAUACACAGGUUUCUAUCAAAUUUGAUGUGCUUACUUUAUACUAACGGAAUUAAUAAAUAUAAAUUUUUCUUUAUUACUUCUUUAUGAUCAGCUCCAGUCAUACGUUAGAAUGUGGCGAGAUAGAAAGAAUUAUAGGAAAAGACUGCAGUAUUUUAAAGACCAUGUAAGUACUUUUUUUUAGACAUUAAAAGUGAAAUUUUCCACUGAAAUAAAUCUUACUCGUAAAGUUUUCAUGGUACAUGGUUAUACACACGCUUAUUUCUUCUGUUUCAUACAGGAAGAUGCCAUCAUCAAAAUUCAAGCUUUCUUCAGGUCAAACCUGGCCAGACAGGAUUACAAGGCUUUAAGUGAGUCACAAAACAUUUGAAACCAUUCAUGUUCUUAUUCAUUCACUUCAAUCAACAUCUUAAUAUUCAAGCACUCAGAUUGUGGAGUAUGAAUUCUACAGUUGUGAAUAAAAAAUAAAACAGCUCUGUUGGUAAUCUGCUAUUACAUAUUUUGUAGAAAUAAAUUAUUUCCUAAAAGCUCAUGGCAAAACUGUAUAAUUGUUGUUUUGUUUCUUUAAUGCAGCCACAGAUAAGAAUCCAUCUUUAGCUGUUGUGAGAAAAUUUGUCCAUCUUCUGGAUGCCAGUGACAAUGAUUAUGCAGAAGAGCUUGGUUUGUAAAUAGAAAAUAUAGUGAGAAAUCAUCUGAUAACAACUUACUUAAAAAUGAAAUGUAUCACAAAAAAUGUUUGAUGGAAAUAAAAUUUACAAAUUUUAACUAGAUAUUCACUUAAAAGUUUGAUUUAAGAAAUUUUAUUUUUCUCCUAUAUAAAUUAAUGUGGACAUACAUAAAAAUGUAUUGGUGUAGAUAAGUCAUUGGCUGAUUUUAUCUGAAGAGUCAGGAUAAAUAUUUUCCCCUCUCUACAGAGCUACAGAAGCUCCGCCAGCAAGUGGUUGCAGAAAUCCGUUCUAACCAACAACUGGAGCAAGACUUGGAUCAAAUGGAUAUCAAAAUUGGUCUUUUGAUUAAAAACAGAAUUACUUUACAAGUAAAUUCAUUUUGUUCGCUACCAUAGCGACUGGUUAAUGUUGGAACAAUUAAUCUCAUAUCAUUGAUUAGAUUCAGUCACGUGGACCUAGCUUCCAAGUUAAAAUAUUUAAGUAAUCGGUAAUGACAUUAUUUCAUUACAGGAUGUGGUGACCCACAAUAAAAAGCUGACCAAACGCUCAGAAGAAAGUUCUCGUGGUGGAGGCCUGAAGGCUUUGAGUAAAGAGAACCAUGAAAAGCUGGAGAACUACCAACAUUUGUUCUACCUACUACAGACAUCACCCAACUACCUGGCCAAACUCAUCUUUGAGAUGCCUCACAUCCGCACAACCAAGUUUAUGGAGGCUGUGAUUUAUUCACUGUUUAAUUAUGGUGCCAACCAGCGUGAGGAGUAUCUUCUGACCAAACUUUUCCAGAAGGCCCUAGAAGAGGAAAUAAAGUAAGUACUUAAAUCUGGUCAAUAGAGUCAUCUUAUUUUAAUUCAGACUCGCUAUGGCUGAUAAGUGAAGCUCUAGAUCAGGCCUGCACAACAUGUGGGUCGCAUGCGGCCCACCAGCACCCACUUUGCGGCCCGAGAAAUAACAAAAUAUUCUUUUUUUUAUUAUUUUCUUAAUAGCUUUCCCCCUGUCCUAUUUUCUUUUGGCCCGCACAAGUUUUUCAUAAAGUGUUACGGUCUUUACAGUUUGAGUUGUGCAGGCCUGCUCCAGAUGAUUGUCUAACAAUCAAGAUCAUGGGCUAAUUUUAAAAACUUAUUAUAACUUUUUUUGAAAAUCUUAUAAUUAAUGAAAAUAAAUUAUUUGCAAUUUUCUUGUCUAAGGUGAUCUGGGAUACCCGUUGGAUUUUAAAUAAAAAAAAAAAAUCAUAUUUUCUAAUUGUUUCAUGAACAAAUAUUUAAAGGACUAAUUAAUUAGAUGUUCAAUGAAUGUGGGUUUCUCACGCAUCGAUAAACUGAAAGAAACCUGCAAUUGUGAUGUUCAGCUCAGUCAUUCUUAAAUUGUGGCUCUUCGAUCCAGGAGAUACACACACAGAUAUAUAACAAAAUGAACAAAUAAAUUUACAGAUUUUCAGUCAGAAUAAAAAAAAUGUGCGUGUGGUGGAACAUUAUUAUUAUCCAUUUAUUUACUGGGACAAAUAAUCAAAAAGUUUGAGAACCAUUGGAUUUAAAGCUUAUUAGGUACUAAAAUUCAUAUAACAUUCUUUUAGAAUUUAUUCACCAUAUAAAGUUAGUUCACCAUAACCAUCCCUAUUUGCUUACCUCAAUGUUUGACAUAAUAGUUCUCCAUCUUUCUUUGGAGCUGGGUGUAAAAGUACACUAAAAUGCAUAUGUGCUUUUAGAUGUGCGGAGGCUCGAUUUGGUCAGCUUGACUAAGGCUUGGUGAAUUGGCAUCAAGUAAAAAUAAAAAGAGCACAUUUUAAACCCUAGUUCUCACCCGAACAAAGUUGACCAGGGAUGAGCUUUGAAAUAAUUGUUGCUGUAACUUUAAUUUCCCACUUUCUUUUCUGUAACAUUAACCAGAAGAAUGUAAGUACUUUGCAUGCUGGCAUUGGCAUUGGUUGUUGAAGGUGGAUUUGGGGAGGGAGGGUACUGUUAUGAUUACUGUAUUACUGUUGUCUGUUAUCAUUACUCAGUUAUUAGUAUUGUCUGUUCUUGAUUUUUAUUAGCUAUGACAGAUGAAUCUUGUUAUUGAAGGAGUUUGAGAUUUUGAACUCUUUCAAUAAAUCUUUGUCUGUUAUUAUUACUUAUUUUCAAAUGAUAAAGCUCUUUUUUUUUCAUUUUAACUGACCUCAGAAUCUCUCACAUAAAUCUGUACCUGUGUUUAAAAAUCUCUUUGUGAGAGCCACUUUGCUUCCCAAACUAGGCUAGUUUACCCACAAUUCGGUAAAUGUAGUUUAUCUUGGGGUACCAUGAUUCAACAACUCACAGAUCAAACAUUAAAAUUUAGUGUGCAAUUUUAAAUUAUGUAAAAGCUCUUUCUGAUAAGUAGUUUUAGAUUAUGAAGAAAUUUUAUUUUGUAAAUGGCUGACAUAAGGGCAGCUAAUUCCUGUCUAAUUAAACAAAAUAUUGGUGAUUGUGUUACUUCGCCCUAGUAUUUGCUAUUUUCCUGUUAAAAUUCACCAUCAUUUCUUUAUGUCAAAUUCAUUGUUUUGAGGAUUUGUAUCUUCUUUUCAGAUAUUUGUAGUUGAAAUAAUGAAAUUAAGAGGCUAUGAUGAAACUAAGGACCAUAUUAAAAGAAUGAAAUUAAUAGUCUUUGUUGAAAUGAGAGAUCUCUGUAUAAGAGAUUUAUAAUUAUAAAAAUUUUGAAACUGAAAUUUAAAUUCCAAUUGUUGGGACUUUUUUACUAUACAUUGAGUUAUAUAUUUUUUACUUGCCUGCCUUUUAAUUGUAAACAUAUACAGUGAAUGGUCUUAUGUGUUUGUGAACAUAUACAGUGAAUGGUCUUAUGUGUUUGUAAACAUAUACAGUGAAUGGUCUUAUGUGUUUGUGAACAUAUACAGUGAAUGGUCUUAUGUGUUUGUAAACAUAUACAGUGAAUGGUCUUAUGUGUUUGUAAACAUAUACAGUGAAUGGUCUUAUGUGUUUGUGAACAUAUACAGUGAAUGGUCUUAUGUGUUUGUGAACAUAUACAGUGAAUGGUCUUAUGUGUUUGUGAACAUAUACAGUGAAUGGUCUUAUGUGUUUGUGAACAUAUACAGUGAAUGGUCUUAUGUGUUUGUGAACAUACACAGUGAAUGGUCUUAUGUGUUUGUGAACAUAUACAGUGAAUGGUCUUAUGUAUUUUCCAGUUCGUUUGUUUUCUAAAUUUAAGAAUUUUCUCCAUUCUUAAACAUUUAUUUAUAUUUAUCUAAUGAAUGAUGAUGACCUAUUGAUAUUGAAGUUUUUACAUUCUAAACAAAUUUUCAUUAUUUUUUCAUCUUAUCUAGUACUAUAUGUGUUUGCAAUUAUGUUAUUCUUCAUAUAUGUAUACAUUUAAUUGGGUUAAGUGAUUUUCCAUAAAAUGCAAUUUUCUAUCAAAUAUUUAGAGGUAAUUAGAAAAAACAAAACAUUUCUGAAAGCAUUUAAAAAUGAAUAUUCUUCCUGGAAUGAUUUUAUUCAGCAUGAUUGCUCAUUUUAAAUUGGAUAUGAACAAGUUACAAAGCUGAUCAUUUUAAAUAAAAUAAUUCAUUGACCCAACUUGAGGACAAGAGUGAGUAAAAUUAUGUCUUAUUAAUGGAUGAUACAGUUAUGCUGAUUAGAUCUGCAGUUGGAUGAAUGUUGGCCUUCUGAUUAUUUGCAUGGUUCAUUUACUGUGUAUACCAAACAUAGCUGUUCAUUGUGGCUUCCUUUUGGUUUAGUCUAUAAAAAGAGAAAUGUAAAUUAAAAGCUCAUCUUAAUCAUGAAUGCUAAAAAACACUGUUGUUUUUGCUAAGGAAUUAUAUAAAAUUAUGCUACUUAAAACAUUCAAUAAUCAUUACAAUGACAGAUUCCACAGCAAUUUUUUUUUCUAUUGGGUAUGAAUUAUUUGAAUCUUAUCUCUCUUUAUAUGAAGAAUCAUCUACCCAGUCAUAAAAUGUUUUUUUUUAUAAAAACUCUUUAUGUAAAUUGCAUUGUUCCCGAUUUCUCAAGUGAAAUAAUAUUUAAGAUUUUGUUAGACAAGUUGCUAAAGAGCUAAGAUACAUUGAGAUCAACAGUCUUUGGUCUCAUUCCUACUGUCUUGAUAGGAGUGCACUCAUUUUCCGCUUCUAACGGGUUUUAACAAUUCAAUGAGCAGUAUAAACAAAAAUGUUAAGUUGACUUUAAAAAAGCAUUUUUUUGUUUAAAGUGAUGUUUUGAAACAAAUAAAGAUUUGAAAGGUCUUCGGUCCCACAACUCCAACCCCACAGACCUGACUUAGAUUUUCUCACUGCCUGUACUAUUCUCAUAAAUUCAAGAUUUUAAAUCAAAUAAAAUAAUUGCUAACUUAUUACAGUAAUUGUCAGUUUUCAUAUUUGAUCAAUUGUCUUUUGUUUCAGCUCAAAAGUCGACAAGAUGACAGACAUUGUGACUGGCAAUCCUCUAGUUGUCAAGAUGAUUGUUGGCUUCAACAGGUCAGCUUGAAAGCAGUUGCUCAUAGUUUAAUUCUGAUCAUCACAUUAUAGCACAAGUAGCUGUAGUAUCGUUCUAUGCAAGGGUCAGUGUCACAGACCUGUUUACUCUCACGACUUUGGCAGCGUACAAUGUACGAUUUUGAGGUGUAUACAUUUCAUAUACCGUAUUUUUUUUUUUCUAUUAAGAAAAUGUAUUGAACAAUUUGUCAUGAUAUUGUACGAUUUUAAGAGUUUGAGGGUAAACAGGUCUGGUGUCAGCUAAUAUAAAGAAAAGGAUUGAUAGAAUGAAAUAAAAGAUAAGCAUUUUAAUGUUGGGUAGUGGACAUAAUUAAUGUGCGAAAGAACAAUAACUAUUUCCCCAGAAACCAGCGAGGUCAGAAUGCUCUGAAAGAGAUGUUAAACCCAUUGAUCACACGUGUGAUAGAAGAUAAAAAUCUCCGCAUCAACACUAACCCUGUGGAGGUUUACAAGGCUUGGGUCAAUCAAACUGAGUCAAGCACCGGCAAAACCAGGUACAACUUAUCCCAUAGAAUAGGUACAACUUAUCUCAUAGAAUAGGUACAACUUAUCCCAUAGAAUAGGUACAACUUAUCCAUAGAAUAGGUACAACUUAUCCCAUAGAAUAGGUACAACUUAUCUCAUAGAAUAGGUACAACUUAUCUCAUAGAAUAGGUACAACUUAUCCCAUAGAAUAGGUACAACAUAUCUCAUAGAAUAGGUACAACUUAUCCCAUAGAAUAGGUACAACUUAUCCCAUAGAAUAGGUACCACUUAUCCCAUAGAAUAGGUACAACUUAUCUCAUAGAAUAAGUACAACUUAUCCCAUAGAAUAGGUACAACUUAUCCCAUAGAAUAGGUAAAACAUAUCUCAUAGAAUAAGUACAACUUAUCCCAUAGAAUAGGCACCACUUAUCCCAUAGAAUAGUUACAACUUAUCCCAUAGAAUAGGUACCACUUAUCCCAUAGAAUAGGUACCACUUAUCCCAUAGAAUAGGUACCACUUAUCCCAUAGAAUAGGUACCACUUAUCCCAUAGAAUAGGUACCACUUAUCCCAUAGAAUGACAUUGUCAACAUUUCUUUAGCUAUCAAAGGGGACACUGAAAUUAUUCUUUGGUAUUAAACACUCUACAGGUACUUUCCAAAACAUGGGCACACACCACACACACACACCACACACACACACACACACAACCCUUGUUUGAAAAAAAAAGGAAAGGCUUUUAACAAAGUUAAAAAAUAGUUACUAAUUUUUUAAAUUUUAAAAAUGAUUUUCAUUGAGACAUCAAUUUUUGUGUUUAUGAAAAAUUAUUGCCCUAUUUAUGAUCUGAAUUUCUUUUGAAUCCUUAACAACACGUCUCUCACUAUUUUACACUUGUCAUCACUAAGUCAUAUUUUCUUUUUAACAGUAAGGACGAACUCUCACAUAGGCUCUUUCCAUUUUACAUAUGAACACACACCGGCCAUUGCUGUGUGCUAAAUGUCAACAAAGGAUUUUAUAAAUUACUUUUUUUACAAUUAGGAAAGGAAAUAUAUUUUUUUCUAGCUGAGAGUAAAAGGUAAAAAGUACAUCACUGGUGCAGGUUGUAAGAGAACUUGACUCUUAUGUUUUCAGUGACCUCCCCUAUGAUGUGUCAACAGAACAAGCCUUGAAACAUGAAGACGUGAGAAUACAAAUUGAGGAAACAAUUAAACGAUUGCAAGACAUAACAGACCUCUUCCUCAAUAAGAUUCUUUCUUCUCUGGACAGUAUUCCGUGAGUACUUGUCAAAAUGCAUUGCAGAAUUACAUUUAUAACUGUUUUAUCGGUGUUUUUUGACACGACUUUCACAUACUGCAGUUUCACACAAUAUGCUUCCGCCACAAUCCUUUCUUUAACUUCUCUUCUUUCUUGCUGUUAGGGACUUUCGUCUACCAUUUUUCUUUAUGUCCCUUUACUUUUUAUUUAAUGUUUAGGAUAUAAUAAUUUAAAUUCAAGCAAUUUUUUUUAUUUUGUUUUACUGAAAAGGGCAUUAGUCGAGGUUUGUAUUUUGUAUUUUAAUUCAAGCGUAUCUGAACAGUUUCACUCACACAUCUUGUUUGUGUCUGUAAUUUUCAAACAAAUGAAAGAUUGAUGAAACAAUGAGGGGAAAAAAGAUGAUUAAACAUGCAAGUAUCUCAGAAUGAAUUCUUCCUGCUCAGAAUGAAUUCUUCCUGCUCAGAAUGAAUUCUUCCUGCUCAGAAUGAAUUCUUCCUGCUCAGAAUGAAUUUUUCCUGCUCUCUUUGUGUUUUAUUUGGUGAUUAUUUAUUUUCCUCCUUAUUGCAUAUCAUUUUGAUUUGUUUUUUUUUAUCUGAUCAAGUGCGCUUUAAGUCCAUUCCUUUGAUAACAUUUAUAGGUUUAUUUUUUUAACACUUUACUAGAGUCCCCACCCUACACUCAUCUUUAGAGACUUGACAAUAUAUCACCUAUAAUUAUAAGAAUUGGAAAUGAUGAAAGCAAUCAACAAGCAUUUUGUGUAUGUGACCUGUAACAAAUUGAACAAUAAGGGUGUGGUAUUUUGUUAAGAUAUUGUACGUUCUCUAUUUAAGAAUAUGACUUAACCUAUACCUGUCUCCUACAGCUACGGCAUGAGGUACAUGGCAAAGGUCAUGCGUGAGUGUUUGAUCAAAAAGUUUCCUGAUGCCGCGGAUAAAGAUGUCCUCAAGGUUUGUGAGUUAUUUAUUACCUGGUGGUGUGUGUCUGACCCCUUGGUAAAAUACCAGUGGUUCUUAAACAUUUCAUUGUGCUGGACUGACAGGAAUUAUGCACACUGACUGUUUGUUUGUUUGUUUAGAUCAUCCUCAUCCUAACUUUUGUUCACUUCCCAGGCUUGUGACUGAGAUAAGAUGAGCACUGCUCUUUAGAAUGUUAGUUCAUAAGAUGAGCACUGCUUUAGAAUGUUAGUUCAUAAGAUGAGCACUGCUGUAGAAUGUUAGUUCAUAAGAUGAAUAGUCACUUCCUGAAAUGCCCCUUUCCAUCAGUGGUUAAAGAACAUAAAUUAAUAAUGUUCUAUUUUCAGUUGCUUUGCAUGUGGUUAAAUGUACAACAUGUAUUGUCUUUCUGUGAAUGCAGUCUUAUCACCAAUUCAUAAUUUAAGGAUGUCUUUGUGUGAAUCCAGUCUUAUCAUCAAUUCAUAAUUUAACGAUGUCUUUGUGUGAAUGCAGUCUUAUCAUCAAUUCAUAAUUUAACGAUGUCCUUGUGUGAAUGCAGUCUUAUCACCAAUUCAUAAUUUACGAUGUCUUUGUGUGAAUCCAGUCUUAUCAUCAAUUCAUAAUUUAACGAUUUCUUUGUGUGAAUGCGGUCUUAUCACCAAUUCAUAAUUUAACGAUGUCUUUGGUUUUUGGUAAACUCAUCAUUAACUUCAAUUCAAUGUAUUGUGUAAGUAAAUCAUCCACUAUUUCCAGAUUGUUGGUAAUUUGUUGUACUACCGAUAUAUCAAUUCUGCAAUUGUGGCCCCAGACGCAUUCGACAUUGUUAAUGUUGGUGCUGAGAAAGCUCUAACAAAUGACCAAAGACGAAACCUCGGUUCCAUCGCCAAAAUUCUCCAGUUUGCUGCCUCUAAUAAAGGGGUAAAGUAUUCUUUACACUCACAUUUUUGCAUCUCAAUCUGUUAGCUGAUGUCAACAACUUUUUAUUAUGUUAAUAUUUAGUUUGUCUUUCCCUACUUACAAUCAGUGUUUAAGAUAAGCUAAUUUAAUUGAAUAUGUUCCAAUAAUCCACAGUUUGGUGGAGAAAGUUCCUAUCUGGCAAGUAUGAAUGACUACAUCAGGAAUGCCCAUGAAAAGUUUAAGUAAGUUAGUUUAGAAUAUUUCCAUCUUGUUUAGGCUAAUCUAUAUUAUAUUAUCAACAGAGUUAAGAUUUCCUUGUUAGUUUAAAAAUUAAAAAAAAAAUAUUUGUAUCUCUUACGUGUGUACUUACAUCAACACAUCAGUGUUUUUGGUUUUCUCACAACGUGGUUUGUCUGUUUCCAGGAAAUACUGCCUGGCAGCUUGUGAUGUGGAGGAUCCUGAAGUCAGAUUUAAUGUAGACCAGUACAGCGAUGUAACCAUGAUCACCAAACCUGUUGUCUACAUUUCUGUUGGGGAGAUUGUCGACACGCAUCAGGUAAGAUACAUUUUAGGUGCGACACACAGCUAAGAUACAUUUUAGGUGCGACACACAGGUAAGAUACAUUUUAGGUGCGACACACUGGUAAGAUACAGUUAGUUUAGAUUGACAUGAGGUACAUUUAAAUCUGGUUUUCAACUAAUAUCUUUAUUGAUUUUUCCUUUAAAAAAAAAAGUAGAACAUUUUCAAGUACCCGGUAUAAUAAAUUUACUGUGUUGGUAUCAGUAUAUUCUCAAAAUGUUAAUUUCAAACUAGGCAUUUUCCUGAGUUUAAUUUCAUUUCUUAGAUGAGACAGUGUCUAAUAUAUUGUCAUCAAAUAAUGAAAUAAUAUAUCUUCAAGUUUAUCUGCACUGACAUCUUGAUCCCACCAGUUACUACUACAGCAUCAAGAGACAAUUGCCCCCGAGCCCUCAGAUCCCCUGCAUGAGUUACUAGAGGACCUUGGUGAGGCACCGUCCAUCGAUGACCUUCUGGGUACAGCUUUAACCAAAGAUGAGACAACAAAUGAUGCCCUGAGAGCACAGAUGGCUAAGACAGAAAUCUCACUGACAUUGUCCAACAAGUUUGAUGUACACACAGAUGAUAAGGCUGACAUGAAAUCUUUGUUAAUCAGGUUUGUUACUUUAGAACUGGUGUGCUGGAGCCAAUGAUGUCACUUGCAAAAUAGAAUAAUUUAGACCUUAUGUCAAUACUGCAAUGGACACAUGAGACUCCUUCUUUACUCACCUCUUCAAAGCUUGCUCACUCUGCAGUUAGACAGACAGCAAGCAAGGAAAUGUCUCCCACUACUUUCCUGACCAGGCACCACUGGUGCACUAGUCACUAUGGUGUCUGAAGUUCUGGUUGGAAAUAUUAGUGAUCUCCAUUUACACACACACAAACACCCCACCCCCAUCUCGUAAACCACACCCCCCCACCCCCCCACCAAUAUAGUAAAUAAUUUGUUAACACCUAGUAUUUAAUCUCCUUAAUGCCCCCCCCCCCAGAACCAAGCGUAUGAUUGUUGACGUCAUAGCGUGUCAGCCAGGUGAUAACCUUGUUGUUGUGUUAGAAGCCCCAUGUAACCAACAGCAGGAGGAACUCCAUCAGGCUCUGGUGAAAAAAAGAGACCUCAUCGAUAAAAAGGUGGCACAGUCCCAGACAGAGGGCAAGAAGUUGAUGAGACAUGCAUCCAUUCUAGGGGACACCAGGUUAGUUAGAGUCUAUUGAUGAUAUGUUUUUGUUCUAGGGGACACCAGGUUAGUUAGAUUCUAUUGAUGAUAUGCUUUUGUUCUGGUGGACACCAGUUUAAUAAGAUUCUAUUGAUUAGACAUGUGUCUAUUCUUGGGGCCAUCAGGUUAGUUAGAUUCUAUUGAUUAGACAUGUGUCUAUUCUUGGGGCCAUCAGGUUAGUUAGAUUCUAUUGAUUAGACAUGUGUCUAUUCUUGGGGCCAUCAGGUUAGUUAGAUUCUAUUGAUUAGACAUGUGUCUAUUCUUGGGGCCAUCAGGUUAGUUAGAAUCUACUGAUGAGGCAUAAUUCUAUUUUUUGAGAUACCAGGUUGAUCAGAAAUUGUUAAGGAAUGCUCCUCUAAUUUCAUUGGGUCCUUGGCAUUGAAUAAGAAUUAAAAAAUAGCAGGGAUCCUCCAUUGUUUGAGACCGCUCCUGCCAAGGAACAAUAAUUUAAAAAUCUCACUUGAUUUAGUUGAUUAAGUUAGUUUGGCAAUUGCCAUGUGUACUUGUUCAGAAACCUGUUCAUUCAUAAGCAGACCCCCUUAGUUUUGGCCAGGGGUGUAACCUGCUCAUAAGCAGACCCCCCUUAGUUUUGGCCAGGGGUGUAACCCGCUCAUAAGCAGACCCCCUUAGUUUUGGCCAGGGGUGUAACCCGCUGAUAUGCAGACCCCCUUAGUUUUGGCCAGGGGUGUAACCCGCUGAUAUGCAGACCCCCUUAGUUUUGGCCAGGGGUGUAACCCGCUGAUAUGCAGACCCCCUUAGUUUUGGCCAGGGGUGUAACCCGCUCAUAAGCAGACCCCCUUAGUUUUGGCCAGGGGUGUAACCCGCUGACAUGCAGACCCCCUUAGUUUUGGCCAGGGGUGUAACCCGCUCAUUCUUCUUCUCUAUUUUGAGGGCCCACGAUCAAUGGAUUGAUCAUUCUGGUUUCUAUGUUUUGUUCUCAGACUACCUAUAGAAGUGAUGAAAACAAAGGUGAAGGCCAACCUUCAAACACUAGAGCUUGCUGGGAUGGUUAGCAAACAGAACAAGUACCAAGACUUGUUGAACGCUAUUGUACAGGUAACCAAUGGCGGGCAGACCAAAGGGAGAUAAAUUUGCAACAUAGCAAUAGCCUGAAACAAAUCUUAACAAAUAAUUAUUGCUUUCCAGUAAUUUUAAACAGUACCACAAAUUGUCACAGGAAAUCACAUUUCAUUUUUAAAAACUUUUUCACAGGAUAUUAGGAAUCAGCGUCGUUACCGCAACAAUCGCAAACAAGAGUUGAUGAGACUUCGUGCCACCCUCAAAAGCCUCAGUGAGAAACGCACAUUUUAUGAAUCUCAGAUUGACUACUACAACCAAUAUGUCAAGACCUGUAUGGACAAUCUACAGAGUAAAACAAAGUCAGUUUCUUUUAUACAUAUAAUUUUUUUCUGUUCUAUGUAUAAGUUAGUUUUCUGGGCCAUUCACAAGCUCUGUGAUGACAAUCUGGAAAUGUGUAUAUUUUAACUUUGAUUCCACUGACAGGAAGAACAGAAGAUCUGGCCUCUUCCGCCGAGGUGACCAGAAGAGCAAAGGCUCUAUCACAUACACAGCUGCUCGUCUUCAUGAGAAAGGUGUUGUUCUGGAAAUCGAAGGUUUACCACAAAACCAGUGAGUGUCCAGUGCUUUGAUUUGUAGUCCAUUAUAAAUCAUUAAGUUCAAGUUAGUCUGACACCUGUCUUACUGUUAGACUAAAUGCUAUUCACAUCUGGCUCAGUGUAUCCAGUACUUAGGAAAUCUUUCUGUUGGUGAGACCAAGGGGUAUUCUCAUAGGGGUCAAAAACUUCUAGUGCCUGAUAGUGAUGUCAAAUAUGUCUUCCAGGUUCAAGAAUGUCAUGUUUGAGAUCAGUUCAACAGAAGAUCCUGGAGUCUUUGAUGUCAAUGCAAAGUUUAUGGGGGUCAGCAUGGACAAAGUGGAACUUGUAUUUCAGGUGAGUGUCUUGAUGUCCACUGGACUGAUUCCUCUGAGGAAUUCUUUAUGCUAUAUUUCAGGCCUGCACAACUCAAAAUGUAAGGCGGGCCUUAAAACUUUAUGAAAAACUUGUGCGGGGCAAAAGAAAUUAGGACAGGACUUGAGCAGGCCAAAAGAAAAUAUUGGGGGGAGGGUGGAUUAAGAAAAUAUUAAGAAUAAAGAAUAUUUCUUCACUUCGCAGGGGGCGGCCUGCGGGCCCUAUGUUAUGCAGGUCUUAUGUUGUGCAGGUCCUAUGAUGUGCAGGUCUUAUGUUGUGCAGGUCCUAUGUUGUGCAGGUCUUAUGUUGUGGUGGUCUUAUGUUGUGCAGGUCCUAUGUUGUACAGGUCCUAUGUUGUACAGGUCCUAUGUUGUGCGGGUCUUCUUUAUUUGAUUGCACUUAACCUCAGUAAUCCCCACUGUUGUUAUUUUCAGGAUUUGCUGCAACUUCAGUAUGAAGGUGUUGCUGUGAUGAAAAUGUUCAACAAGGCAAAGAUCAAUGUUAACUUGCUGAUUUUCUUAUUGAAUCGUAAAUUUUACGGCAGGCAGCUCGGCAAGUAGGCUGAGAAACUUUUAAAUAAUUUUUUUUUUUUUUUUAAUGUUCAAAAUUGCACGUGGGGGGGUAGGGUGUGUGUGUGUAUCUAACAAAUAAUCUAGUUCUUUUUGUGUAGAGAUAAACUGGACCCACAGCGGAUGAUAUUAUUUCUGGUGCUUCAUUCAAGUCUGUGUGUAUGUUUUUUUUAUCUGAGAGCAAGUUUUACCUGUGUGUAAGUUUUAUCUGGUUGUAAGUUUUGUAUGGGUGUAAGUUAUAUCUGCAUUCAUUUGUCGGCUGAGAGAAUGAGUCUACCUUUAAUGUUAUCUUAUUUUUUUAGACUUGCCAAUAAUAUGCCACAAUUAAAAUGUCUUUGUUACUAAACUACAACCAACUGAAUACAGGUAUGUAGUCCUGCUGGUUUGUUCAAAUGGAAUUAAUUUAAAACUACUGCUGUAAUUCCUAUGGGAAUUUCUUUUACUAAAGUAUAAGAUUUAUUUAUCUAGUUACCGGUAUAUACAAUAAUUGUGAUUGGAGACAGACGACAAAUAAACCAUUACAAAAUUUUGUGAUUUCAAUUUUUUUCUGGAUAAAAUUGUUCUCAUAUACGCUAAACAUAUAGUAUAAAUUUCCAUCAACUGAUUUACAACUUAAUUCAGGCAAAUUCAAGUAAGUGGAACCCUAACUUUAGAAACUUUGAAAAGUGAAUUUCUGUGCAGUGAUUAUUUAUACAGUAGGAUUUUAAGAUGGUUUUUCUUUCAUCAUGAGAUGGGGAGUAAUUAAAAGUAUAUGUGCCAGUUAAUGCAGGCAAUCUGCUGCAAUGUGAAACAUUUCCAAUCUUUUCAUUACUAUGUUUACCUUGUAAGUGUGUUUUAUGAAAUUUGUUACCUCUAACAUGUUGUAUUCUUCCUCGUUAGCUGUUGUAAUUAAUAAUCAAAAUUCACUAAAGUUUUAAUGAAUAGAUGAUUUUACUCAACUCCAAAAUGAUUUAAUAUUUGAUGCAUUGGUGAGAAUUCUAAAAACCAUUACCACUCUAAUAAAUAAUAUCCCCCUUAUUAAGCUUCUGUUUAAUUUUUAAAAAAUCACAAAAUCUAAUGUAUCAGGAUUUAUUUUUUCCAUUAUUAAAUUUAGUUGAUAUUUUUUUAUUAGGGAUGAAAGGUUUAAGAGAUAUUUCAUUUUCGAUCUUGAUAAAUAUCCAUAUCAUUUCCCAUUAGUUGGUUAGACAAAGAACUUGGUUGUUAGACAAAGAACUAAGAACUUGGUUGGUUAGACAAAGAACUAAGAACUUGGUUGGUUAGACAAAGAACUAAGAACUUGGUUGGUAAGACAAAGAACUAAGAACUUGUUUGGUUAGACAAAGAACUAAGAACUUGGUUGGUUAGACAAAGAACUAAGAACUUGGUUGGUUAGACAAAGAACUAAGAACUUGGUUGGUUAGACAAAGAACUAAGAACUUGGUUGGUUAGACAAAGAACAAAGAACUUGGUUGGUUAGACAAAGAACUAAGAACUUGGUUGGUUAGACAAAGAACUUGGUUUGUUAGACAAAGAACUAAGAACUUGCAUUUAAAUGGGUUUAUCAUGUUUGGAUAGCUACAGGGUUAUUUUAAAAACUUUUUAUUUUUCACCCUCCUCCCCAAAAUUUUGAAGCUUCUGAGGGCACCAGAUUUUUUAACUUUUACAUUUAUCCCAAAGUAAUUGUAUAAAGUUAAAAUUUGUUUAAAACAACUAGAUCUGAUUUGUUAUGCUAAAUCUCACCCUUUUAAACAAAAAUUUUAAGGUGCACAAAUCACAGAUGCAAAUCAAUUUAAAAACACUUUACACUUUUACUUUGACAAACUUGUGCCUUGAUGUUAUGUAGCUUAUAAGCCAUUAUUGUGUGGUGGUGAUUUUUAACUGAUAAAAUGCCUUAUGUUUAUACAGACCUACCUUCCAUCAACAACUUCAGUUUUAAGAUACAAUAAUUGUAUGCAUAAUAGCAUUUUCUUUUGUAGGAAUUUCUUUUAUUUGUGACAGUUUGAGAAUGGUUGAAUACAUUGUUGCUAUGAAGGAAGUUUAAGUCUUCUCUUUGCCAUGUAUUAAAACUCUGAAUGGAAUUAGUUCAGUUUGCAUAAUGUCAAAAAAUUAUAAUACAGCAGUCAACAGGAUCUUUUUAUUGAAUGAUGAUUGGGGCGAUUGAAAAUUUGUUUUAAGAAUGUUAUAAAAAAGAAAAGCAGUACACUCCAUGUUAUUUAUAUUGGCUAGGCUUGUCUGUAUUUUACACAAACAUAUAUAAUAUGUUGUUUGCAAGGAGAUGAAAUUGUGUAGUGCUUUAUUACCAGGGACUUUAGGAAUGAAGCUGUCAAAGAUGAUAGCUUGAAUUAAUAUUGUAAAGUGCCAAGAUUGAACAUUGAUGCUGUGGUCUUAUUUUUAAUGUGUACAACUUGAAUAACAUUGUUGCAUGUUUCAAUGAAAAUAUAUCUGCUUAUAUAUAUAUAUAUAAGUUCAUUUAUAAUCUGCUUUCACAAGAAGGGGGUUCACAUUUCUUUCUUGUAAGAUCUGAAUAAAACUCUGCUUUUAAUCUUUUAUUAUACACCCAAUUGAGGUACAGUUUUAAAAAAAAGAUGUACAAGUUAUUGGGAAGAAGUCAGAUCUAAUGUUAACAGUCUGUACACUGUUCAAUCACUAUGAGGACCAGUCUGUACACUGUUCAAUCACUAUGAGGACAUCAUUUCAUUCCAAAUAUAGUUUGACCAAUUUAUGUUGUUGCAGCAUUUUUCAUAAACUAGAACCAAUCCAUUUAAAUAACUUUAUACUCAUUGCCAAUGCUUUUCAGUUAGAAAAUGUUAGCAUUUGAUUUAUUUCACAUGAACUACUAGUUUUCAAGAAUUAAAAUGUGAUGGAGAAUAUUUCAUACUUCCAACUUUUAGAAAAAUAAAUCUGUACCAUACACAUUAAAGGGCUGAGACACUGAAGUAAAAUUGAUAAAAUUGCAGAAUUUGCCAUUCCUUUUUCUCUUAUUUUACAUAUUGAAACUAGGCUGUAUACUUUUAUAAAUAGUAAAUUUACUUUUGAAACACAAC